AUGUGGACCCGCACGACGUUCGCGGUCGCCGCGGCCUGCAUCUAUCUCGCCGCCGCGGGAGCGGCCACAAUGCAACCACAGGUGUCACGCGCCGUGGCCGAAGACCUCGUAGGCGAUACGACGGCUGGCGGCGAACCACCCCCGUCCGCCGGCGCCACCACAGUGUCCGACGACCUGGACGUGGAGGGUCGCCUCAGGUCCCUCAUGGACCGUCUCAUCCAUGACUCACUCCCACGCAUGACGGCACUGGGCAGCGGCUCUAACGUGACCGGUGACUGCUCAGCUGCCCUCUUCCGGCUGCUUCUGGGAAUGCGCAAGUUCGAGCCCUGGGCUCUCAGGCUGCUGGACGCCAAUUCCCGUCCACCUGGUGGCCUCAUCUCGGGCACGUUCAACGACUUAGGCACCUACGACCAGUGCCUGUCCACGGCGGCACGCGAUGCCGACGGUGGCGUCCACUUCUCGGGCCAGUAUUGCACGCUGUACCUGCAGCCGCGACGGCUCCCUUUCUUCGAGAAGAUCGUGCGCCGGCUCCACGACGAUGUCUACGACGGUGUGGACUUCACUCUCGAGAAGCUGCGCCAAGCGCUCAGUCUCUGCAAGCGCCGCACUGCCCCAGGUGAAGAUCCUAUUGCCUACCAAGCCUUACGAGACAUUCACAAGCAUUUUCAUGAAUGUAUACUGGACCACUUUCAUCUCCCGCAUUCCCUCUUUCGUCCAGGCCUUCGCCUAGGGGUCUGUUUUCCAUCAGCCUGCUCUGCAACCGAGUUCCAGUACUUGAUUGGAUCGCGUGCCUUCUUCAAGGUAGUGCUAUCGUUUAGCGCGGUGGCCAACACGGAGAAGCUUUUGAACGUGCGGGCCGAACGUGGUAGCGAUGCCUGGCGUCUGCGUUUCCUGCACGGCCUGCGAUUUCUCAGUGCGAGCUGGGUCAUCCUGGGCCACAGUUACCUGACUGUCGAGCCGACGGCUGUGGGAGAGCUGCUGCGCAUCAUUCGCUUUGGCAAGAGCUUCAUCUGGUGCAUCGUCGGCAACGCCUAUCCAUCAGUGCAGACCUUCCUCUUCAUGAGUGGAUUCCUACUGAGCUUUAACAUCGCCAGGCACUUGAGGCAAAGAAGGGGAAACCUCUGGCUACCAGUCACCCUGCUUCUCAUAAGAAGAUACAUAAGGUUGACGGCGCCGCUCAUGUUCGUGAUCGGGGUGUGGCUGCUCGUGCCGCUGGUGGUGGACGGGCCGCUGGCCAAAGAGCACCACCCAUCCAUCUUCGCCACUUGCACGCGCAACUGGUGGCGGGCGCUCAUACACAUCAACAACUGGAGUGACCUGCUCGACAUGGCAAGGGUCCGGCGCAGCUCGCCAUGGCAAUGCGGGGCGUCCUCAUCGGCAGGCAGUGGAAUCCAGUGCCUCCAGCACAGCUGGUACGUAAGCGUCGACUGGCAAAUCUACAUGUUCAUCUGGAUCAUUCCCGUCAUCAUGCUGAGCCACCCGAGGAUUGGCUUGCUCCUCGCAGGUGGCCUGGCGAUUGGCACGUCAGCUGCCGUCACCAUCAACGCUUACAUGUACUCCUACCAACCGCUCCCUUUGUAUGGUCAGCCUGAGCUCGACAAGACGCUGGAUAUGAUGAAGUUCAUCUACUACCGGCCGUACGUGCACGUCACCUCGUACGCCGUGGGCAUCAUGCUGGGCUACGCAGUCAGCACGAACGUGGGGCUGAAGUUUCCACGGUGGGCGCGCGCCGCACUUUGGACGCUGUCCACUGUGCUGGCGCUGCUUGUCGUCUUCGGUCCCUUCAAGUGGCUGCGCGGAGAUUCGUGGCUGGGUGCCGACGCAGUGGCUUACGCAGGCUUGAGCAAGCUGGCCUGGGCGCUGUCUCUCUCCUGGGUCGUCUUCGCCUGUGCCUCGGGCCGUGGAGGUUUCGCCAACCGGCUGCUCUCCUGGAAGCCUCUAAUACCGCUCAGCCGGCUUUCGUACGGCGCCUACCUCAUCCACUCACCGCUCUACCUCAUACGCGCCGGCAUUCUGCGAGAACGAAUGUCCCUGCAGCACUUCAACCUGGUGAAGGACUUCUUCGGAUGCCUGACAAUGUCAUUCCUGAUGGCAUACCUGCUGUACCUGUUGUGCGAGGCACCGGUUGCGUCACUCGAAAAACUGUUGCUGGCGCCCGUGACUCGUCGGAUCCAGGCAGCGGCCGCGCAAAAGGACGCCACGAGCGAAGCCCUGCACGGCGAACGUGGCCGGGAAGAUGUCUGCGUCACCGUCGCUUCUGCACAACAUUACGCCAUCACCGAGUCCAAGUGCCGCCUCUAGAACUGCUUGUGCGUGUAGAAAAAAAACUUCACCCUUUCAUGCCAGAACUUUGAAACGAUCAAACAGUCUCGUCACACAGCAUCGACGACAUCCGACCCUCGCUGGAGUGGACGGCGCCACCUUUCCGACCGAGAGUGAUCAAGCCCACUUUCAUGACUAGCCCUUGUACAUCAUCGCGUUUGGGCCCCUUCUCAGGUCACUGGCUGUCUACAACUGCUGAACGACUGUGCUAAGUCGUAUUUUUCGUUUUUGUUCAGUUCGGUGCAAGCGACUGAAUGCGCGUGUAUUCCUACCAUAGUUUAAAGCCAAUGCAUUGACAUCAUUCAGAUUCUAAUUACGCAGCAUGUGACACUUCCGCUUUGCUUUUUCUGCAUAUUUUUAAAAAUAUUUUGUACCUUUAGAAGGCAGAACUCGACAGCCUUCGCUUUUCUGAAAGUUAACCUAAGUUGGCACUAGAUUUAAUAGUAAUCUUGCAGUAUAAAAAGCGUUAUAUAGGUCUGCCGCGGGAAAACAUAGUCGACUUUACUUGCGGAUACUCAGGGGCGAUCAUAUGGUUACCGAACGUCAACUUAAUUAUACAAGCUCCAAACGUGAUGUAGUGCUUGUACGUCAUACUUAAGUACAAAUGCUCCAUCGAAAGAAUGAAAAAAAAGAACAGAAUCAGUGUUUUUUCCAGAGACGCCGCGCCGUGCAGUAUAAGUUGACUUCGUUGUGAUCCCUUGCUCGGCAAACAGGACCCGCCAGCAUUCGAGAAACGAACGCUUCAGCAGAGCCCGACAGACGUGGACGCGAAUGUGGGAGUGUCAGCCGCUUUGUUGCACUCAGCUGGUGACACAAGGAUGUGAGUCGUAGCUCGAUUUCAAAUAUGGUAGUAUUGGAAAGUUCAUGCGCUUGAGAUCACGCAAAGAAGGAACAAAUUGUUAUUUUGUAUAUAUAAAAAACCUCAGUACCUCUCGGUUAUAUAUCAUACCUCAUAUGGCGCAUCCUUGUUUUGCCAGUCAUCAGUGCUGUCUAUACGACCAAUCAUGCUCAUCUGCCCUCACACUUUUUGUUUACCACCGGCUACAGCAUUGAGAAUCUGCUGGCAUUCGCGAAGCUGAACAUUUUUUACCAUUUUAUCGCAACUGCGUAUGGCUCAAUAAUCAUCACACACAGGAGCUCGGUUGUGCCAACUUUCUGGUCAAUUUCUGGUGACUUCUGGUCAUAUCGAAUCUACUACGCAUCUAUAAAGGAGUGCUGUAACCGCAAAGUGCGCUGCCAUGUAUAAAAAUUAAACAUGAACAGAGUGCGGACCUUGAAUCAUAUAGACUGUGUGAAAGCGUGACGCAAUAAUUUAUUACGCGAUAUACUUAUGUAUAUGUAUACUAUGAGCCGAAGAAUAGCCUCAUGUACAACAGGUUUUUCAUUUGAUUAAGCUUAGGCGAACGUAUAAUAAAACACACAAGGAGUGACGUCAAGGUAAA